UAAAAAAAUAAAUAUAUGAACAUGGUUUACCCAGAUACAAACCAGUACAGUCGUCACAAGACAGGUAAACGAUUAUAAAACUAGAUAACAAAUCGCUGAUACCGACAUUAUCAGUUUUUGCAGUUGUAGAUAGUUUAUUUUUAAAAAAAGUGGGCGUUGUUGUAGGAAAAAUGGUGUAUAUAUUGUGUAUAUAAGUUAUGGGGAAGGUUAAAAACACUGUCUAAGAACGUACGACGUACAUAACUUCAGAGUUACUUCGAUUGAAGAUGGAAGUGUCUGGAAAAAGGGAAGAGGCAAAUGGUGAUCACUUAAAGUCUGUAACUGAGACAAAAGCACAAAUUUAUUGCGAACCAUGCAAUAGAGACGGUUUGCGACUAUCAGCACAUGGCUUCUGCAAGGACUGUGUUAUACAUUUAUGUGAGAGCUGUUACAAAACGCAUAGAAAAACAGCGCCAUACAGGAACCAUGUACUACUAGACAAGUCUCAGAUGCCUAAAACUCAGAGUUCUGAACAUCUUCAAGUUCCUGGUGACUUGACUGAACAAUGUCAGUUGCAUAAAGGUAAACUGAUCGAGUACAUCUGUCAGGAUCACAAUAUUUUAUGCUGUAUUCCAUGUAUAACACUCAACCAUAGAAACUGCAAAAUAGACUACAUACCAGACGUUUCUAUAGAGUACAGGACAAGUGACGAGUACAGAGAUUUUCUACGAUCUUUAGCAGCCCUUCAGAAGCAGUUUCAUACAAUAAUUGAAGAAAUAAAGGCUAACAAUAAGAAAAUCUUGCAGAACAAAUGUUUGGUCAAAGAUGAAAUUAAGACGUUUCGCAAAGAAAUAAAUAAUAUUUUGAACGAGCUUGAAAGAAGUCUUGAGAAACAUGCCGAUGAUAUAUUUACCAAGGAGUCAGCAAGAAUGAAAUCUUUAGCGUCAAACUCUGUCAAAUUGGAGAAGGAUAUUGAACAAUUUCAAAAUGACAUUAGCAAACUGGAAAUGGCAAACCAAUUUAAUGCACUCUACAUCCUUUCCAAAGAAAACAAAGAAAUUAUACAAAGCUACACCUCUGCUGAGAAACAAGCACACAAAGACAACUAUGUUAACAGCUUUGUCUUUACACCAAAUGUUAAUUUAAAGGAAAUACUCGAAUCAGAAACAGGAAUCGGAGAACUGCAAAACAGUGACAUUGUAGGUACUUGCAAAAGUGUAACGCUUCAUAUCAAGUAUUCAGAUGAAAUAAAUAUCAAGAGUCCGUCAGAUGAAAGAAGUUGUUCCAUUCCGGGAGCAGUGUUUAUUACCAUGCAUUGCGUUGCAGUUGUUGAUUCGAUAAAUUGCGCUGUCAAAAUAGUUGAUACGAAGAUGAAGAAGGUAACCGUUGAAAGACGAUUCCACGAUAGCCCAACUCAUUUGGACUUACUUGCGAAUGAAACACUUGCAGUGUCUUUUAGUAUUAAGAGAAAGAUCUUGUUUUUAUCAAUACCAAAUGGAUUGUCUGAAGUCGGGAGUCUGAAAGUAGAUGGAAGGUGUAAGGAUUUAGUUUAUCAUGACAAUAGAAUAAUUGUUACAUUCGAGUGGCCUGGUAAAGUUCAGAUCAUGGACUUGGACGGUCAUGUUUAUCAAACCAUAGGAAAAGAUUUCUUUGGUAACGAACUGAAAAGUCCAUGUGUCGUAAUUGAUGUUAAGAAGAACAUUUACAUAUCAGACUGGCAGAUGUGUACAGUAACAAAAAUGAAUCUUAAUGGAGAAGUAUUAAAGGGUUACAAAGAUAAACGCCUUCGUGCACCUUGUGGAAUGGUUGUUCUAGAUGACGGAUCUAUAUUGGUGUGCAGCAGUGGAAACCACAGCAUUCAUUUAAUAUCAGAAAACCUUAAAAAUGGUGGAGUGUUACUUGAGGAAAAAGAUGGCUUGUUAAAUCCUUGGUCUCUUGCUUUAGAUAAAGUACAAAACAAGCUGUAUGUUGGAAGUUGUGGCACAUGUAAUAUUUUAAAAAUUUACGAUUUGAAUUAACAAAUUGUCUUGUCAGUAGUUGGAGAGAAUAUUCAAUGCAGUUUUUUUAAUUGUUUAUUGCAAUGUUUGAAAGAGUACUCUUUCUGUCAAAUUUUAAAUCAUUUGAAUUAAUAACUCGUGUCUAUU